AUGGAGAAAGCCUUCACUAUUUUAUUCUUAACAAUACUCUUGUUGCCUCACUAUGUUAUGGCCCAAACCAACAUUAACACUGAUCAAUUAGCUCUUCUCUCUUUUAAAUCCCAAAUUAGUUCCGACCCCUUUCACUUCUUGAAUGAAAGUUGGUCUCCUGCUAUUUCUGUUUGCCGUUGGGUUGGAGUCAUUUGUGGUUCUCGUCACCCGCGAGAGAAGACGUUGAAGCUUUCCAACUUGGCUCUUACAGGCAGAAUUCCCCGUGAUUUUGGAACCCUCACAUUUCUUAUUUCUCUUGACUUGGGAAGCAACCAUUUCCAUGGAAAUUUGCCUCAAGAAAUGGCACAUUUGCGUCGGCUAAAGUUUCUUGAUUUAAGUUUAAACAGCUUCAGAGGGGAAAUUCCUUCUUGGUUUGGGUUUUUACACCAACUUCAAGUUGUAAAGGAGUAA